CUGAUUUUGUUGCUUCACACUUUAAAUACAGAGGCUAGAAAAUCCAGUUUUAUUCAAUGCUGCCGACGUGAUUCAUAUAUUCAGAAAACUCUCUGGACUUUUCUUCGCGUCCUCGGCCGCCUCAACAGAGAUUACAAUCCUCUGAUUCACCGCCGAGAGGAAUCCGGGCUUGAAAAGGGCAUCGAGGAGACUUGCGUUGAAGGGAAAGUUGCAGAAUUUAAAAUUACUUUAUUUCUUCUGGCAGCACUGACGACAGCUACAGUUUUAUCGUUUUACAAAUGGAAUAGAUUUCUCGUGAAAGGUCCGAAGCAAGACGAUGAUUUAAUUUUCUCCAGCUCAAAAGACAUCAAAACAUUGAAAAAUGAAGUUACAUUUGAUUUACUGCAGAAAUUAUUACGCCUUCAUACACUUUUAUCUGCUCUUUCAAAACAAAACUGUAUGAAAUCGUGGCUGCUCAACUUUUUAUUGAAUCAUCCGAGUAUUUUAAUACAGAAAUUUCGGAAAAUCAAACCGAAUUCGCCAAAGCUUUAUAAAAUCAGUCAUUUACCGGGAGAAAAAUAUUGGAAAGAAGUUGAAAGCGGGCUUAAAGAAAGUUUAGAAGCUCUAAAAAGAACAAUGUCCCCUGCUUCUAGGAGUCUGCACAGCGGGGAUACAAAGGACAAAUGCGUCCAAGUGAACGAGGAACUUGUCUUCCAUUUACUCGGAGAGGGCAUGGAUCUGACGAAUUCAGCUACAAAGCCCAGAGCUCCAGUGGAAGUUGGUGAAUUCAAUAACAUCCCUGCCUUUCGUGAAAAUCAACAAAUGGAAGCAGUAACUGACAGAAAAGAUCCUCUGAAACAAGCUAUUUAUUCCUCAAAAUGCCACCUCACCGAAAUUCCCUUGAUGGAAGAUCCUCAGUCCAGUCUGGAAGGAAGCACAUUAAAUAUACAAAUCGAAUUCGACAGGAAAGUGCUGCUUGGGAAAUUAGCGAAAUGAGUAAUUGCAAGUGAAUAAUAAAGUCUCGUUCAUUCAGACAGCGGUGUUUUCUUGUACUUCAUCAUUGAGGGGGAUUUUUUUCCCUUCAUUGUUGUACUUAAAUAUUAGUAUCGGAUUAACAAAGAAGCUACAUUUUUUUAAAAGGCAACAGUGUCGCAAACAUAAACGAAAGUGUUUUGCUUUUUUAUUGCAAAGAAUAUUUCAUGACAUGUUUUCCACCUG